CCGGCCCCGCCGCCGGCCCCGCCGCAGCCGCACCCCGGGCUCCAGCAGCAGUUCCCCCAGUUCCACGUGAAGGCGGGCCUGCAGAUCAAGAAGAACGCCAUCACGGACGAUUACAAGGUCACCACGCAGGUGCUGGGCUUGGGCAUCAACGGGAAAGUUUUGGAGAUCUUCAGCAAGAAGACGGGGGAGAAAUUCGCCCUCAAGAUGCUGCAGGACUGCCCUAAAGCCCGCCGAGAAGUUGAACUCCACUGGAGGGCCUCUCAGUGCGCCCAUAUUGUAAAGAUCAUAGACGUCUAUGAAAACCUCUACCAGGGAAGAAAGUGUCUGCUCAUAGUCAUGGAGUGCUUGGAUGGCGGGGAGCUCUUCAGUCGCAUUCAAGAUCGGGGAGACCAGGCCUUCACUGAGCGGGAGGCUUCAGAAAUAAUGAAGAGCAUUGGAGAGGCCAUCCAGUACCUGCACUCGAUUAACAUCGCCCACCGGGAUGUUAAGCCGGAAAACCUCUUGUACACCUCCAAAAGGCCCAACACUGUCUUAAAGCUCACCGACUUUGGCUUUGCUAAAGAAACCACCACGCACAACUCCCUGGCCACUCCAUGCUACACGCCUUAUUAUGUGGCCCCGGAGGUGCUGGGCCCAGAGAAGUAUGACAAGUCCUGUGACAUGUGGUCCCUUGGUGUCAUCAUGUAUAUUUUGCUGUGUGGUUAUCCCCCUUUCUAUUCCAACCACGGUCUGGCCAUUUCUCCAGGCAUGAAGAAGCGGAUCCGAAUGGGCCAGUAUGAAUUCCCCAACCCUGAGUGGUCCGAAGUAUCGGAAGAAGUUAAACAGCUGAUUCGGAACCUGCUGAAGACAGACCCAACCCAGCGCAUGACGAUAACGGAGUUCAUGAACCAUCCUUGGAUCAUGCAAUCCAUGCAGGUACCUCAGACGCCACUGCACACUAGUCGAGUGUUGAAAGAAGAGAAGGAUUUGUGGGAGGAUGUCAAGGAGGAGAUGACGAGUGCCUUGGCCACCAUGCGCGUAGACUACGAACAAAUCAAGAUCAAGAAAAUCGAAGACUCGUCCAACCCUUUGCUCAUGAAGAGGCGAAAGAAAGCGAACCCCGUCGAGCCGACAGCACUCCCCCACUGAGGGUGCCGCCCAGCCCUGCCCGGGCAUUGACAAAGCAAUAACUAUAUAUAUAUUUUUUGAGGAAAAAAAAAAAAAAAAAGACAGACAGACUGUUAUAUCGAAGCGCAUGGAAUUCAGACAUUUAUACCAGACUAGUUAUUUUUAGCAGCCCACCUGUGUUUCUGACCUUUCUGGAGCAGGCAAGGAAACGCCCCCUGUAAGAUAUGCCCACAUGUUUAUUUUUUGUCUCCUAGCUGAAUGGUGCCGGUAAUUUGGAUUUUUUUUCCUGGGUGAAAUUCUUUGCCUCCUUCCUUCCAAAGACAUGGAGAUUCCUGUGGUGACCUUUUUUAGGGUAUCUAAUAUAUAAAUAUUUUUUAAAACUACUGUAGAGCUGAAACCCAGACAGUGUGUUCCCUAUGCAAAGUGUUCACUAGAGAUGAAGGCUGCUGACUCUUUGGCCAGUGCCGGUGUUUCAGCCAGCCAUCGGUUGGGGUUGUAGGGAUCGGUUGGGGUGUAGGGAUGUGCUGUUGGGGGCUUUUCCUAGUCCCUUCUGCUCUCCUUCUAACUCUUAUCUGCAGGGGCCUGGAGUUUGGGUUUGGCUGGGAAAGCCUCUGGGUCCAGGGCUGCUCUGCAGGCCUGGAUAAUUGCUGGAUGCCCUUUAACGUAGCAAAGAUCCUUCCUGAACUGGAAGCCUUGACAUUAAGCACAUGCACACAUGGUUGUUCUCAAGUACUGUUGUGCAUGCAUGCUGCAUGUAUGCAGACCCAUGGGGUGCGUGUAAUGUGUAUGCAGAUGCGGGAGUGCACGCGUGCACUCGUGCGGUCUGUCUGGACCGUCCAUUGGGGUCUGUCACGUGCCUGGGAUUCAGUUUUAGUCUCAGGGUUUUUGGGAGUGGGGGGAAGGGAUGAAGUGUCUGAUGAACCCCACCCACAGCAGCCUCAGCCUUCCUGGGAUUAGACCGGAAGCACCUAAUGCAGAUGCCUCCCAUGCUCUUAGUGCUCAGCCUGUUGCAGGGUUUUCAAGCUCUUGUGAAGUCAAGAAGUUGCUGGUUUUGUAGAGGGAGAGACCCUCUGCUGUCCUUUCCUGGCACCGUGCCCUGACUUUCCUUGGGGCUCCCAAUGUGCUGAGCAUGACUGCUUCAUACCAUGGCACUUCUUCAAAGCUGGCAGCAGAAGUCAGACCAUGCAGACACUCCUUCCUCUGUGGGACCCCAGCACUGACCACAGAGCUUAUGGGAGACCGGGCCCUUUUCUCUCACCGCCAGACCCAUCUAUUCCUGCCCCACUCGGAUGUGGGAAAGACUUUUCCCCGCAUCGGGGAAGCGGGAUUCGAAGUGCAGACAGGGCAUCCUUCCCUCCACCUCUUUCGUGAGAUGCCUGGGCAGUGGAUUUCAGUUCCUUACAGUGCUGCAGUAUUUCCUCUGGCUCUUCAGCUGCCCCUUGCUCCCCGUCUCAAGAAGCUAAUAUGGGCAGAAGCUACUGAAGGUCCCACCAAGCAAACCAGCUGGCUCGGGCAUGGCUGGGGGAAAGUGGCCACGUACCUGAAGGACCAGCUGAGCUUCAGAGUCGUUGGAACAGCAGCUGGUUUUCUAGCACUGACUCCCCCAUUCGAGGGGCACCUGGUUUCUGGGGAACCCCCGGCUCGGUGGACUCCUGUUCUGCUGCUUGCCUGCAUGAUGCAGGAGGAGAGGCAGCUCCUGGCUUUGUCCUGGCCUCUCCCACGGUGGUGUUCGGUGUUUGAAACCCUCUGUUCCCAGAAGCAGAACAGCUCUUUCGAGGUCUUUAGUCCAUGAAUUAUUUUCUUUAUCACAUUGUUUCACUGCAUUUUAACGUGUUCCAACAACUUUUUUUUUUUUUUUUUUUUUAAAGGAAAUGUUUAGUUUCUAGACCUUUUAGACACUGUAUGGAAUUUUAAUUUGUUUUUAAGACAGAUUUUUAAUUUUUUUGUCUGUUGGCUUAUACUAAUCUUCCUGGUCUGCUUUUCCCUCUUUCGGAUUAAAGACACUUAAUGCGUC